UUACCAAAUCGCCAACCCGCAGUUGAAGUCUACGGGGCUGUUUGGUUCUUACCAAAUCGCCAACACUCUCAGGCUCCUCCCUCUUCUCAUUCCAUUCACCAUGACCCCAACACAGGACUGAGCAGCGCCCCUCGCAAAUCCAUGGCCCCCCUCGUGUUCCGCAUCCCCGGAACAUCUUUCCGGUGAUGUGAGCGAAGCGCAAGCAGCUUUUGCACAUACUGGACUGAGUGAGCAGUGCAUUGCAUCCGCUUUAUCUCCCAGCUAGCAGCUCCACUGCUGCCAUUUGCCACUGCCAGUGUCAGUCUCAAUAAUAAACGUACCUCCACGCAGCUCGUCCACGUGCCCCGCGCCCGUGUCACGCUCCCGCGCGGGCACCGCUCCGCCUGCCUCCGUCGUCGCCAUUCGCCUCGCUCACGAGUCCACGCCACCUUUAGCUCCCGCCCCGUUUGUUUUCUUGCUCGUCAUCCUUCUUUCCGGUGGACACAACAGUGGCUAGUGGCUAGGCGGCGUCGGGGCUAGCCGGGCAAUGCCGACGACGUCGCGGGCGUAGGGUGGCGCGCCGCAGCCUGCAGUGCUAGCUGCAGGGGAUGGGGUGCCGGAGCUCGCGGCUGGACGCGGCGGACGUGUCCCCGGCGGCCGCGCUCUGCCGGGAGCGGCGCGACCUGAUGCGCGCGGCGGGGGACCGCCGCGCCGCGCUGGCGGCCGCGCACGCCGCCUACUUCCGCGCGCUCCCCCGCGUGGCCGACGCGCUGGCCCGGUUCGCGCACGAGCACCACGCCGCCUCGCCGCCCGGGUCGCCCGUGCUCACGCUUCCCCCCUCCGACCCGGACGACGAGCACGAGCCCGCCACCAAGAAGCGGAGCGCGUCCACCACCCCGCACACGGAAUCCGGCCACUCCCACCUCCACUUCCGCUCCGACUCCUCCGACUCCGAUCCCGACUACUCCCACGACGCCUGCUCCUGCUGCGACGGCCCCGGGCACGCCGAGAUCCCGCCGCCUGCCCAGGAGCAGCGCCGGUUCCCAGACCCAGAGCCUGGUGGCGGAGCGGCAGCUAGGCCGCCGCCCGAAAUGCCAUGGGGGGAGUACGCUUCCUACCCUUCUUCGUUCCCAAACGUCGCAUUCCCCAAUUACUACUACAUGAAGGCCAGUUCGGCCCCGCCCAACACGGUGUACCAAGAACCGUACGGCUACAGCAGCUUCGCCGCCGGCAAUGUGCCGCCUUACAUGGGGUACGAGUACGGGUACAGCAACCCGAUGUACGGCGUCCCGGUGGCGCCUCCGGAGGGGAUCGACCGUGGCCAGGAGGCGGCGGCGGCUCCGGCACCGCCGCCGCCGAUGCCGGUGACGGAGGCGUCGCCGUGGGAUUUUUUCAACCCGUUCGACUCCUACGAACAGGAGCUGCCGCGCUAUGAGGGGAAAGGGUACGCUUUGAAUGGGUCCUUCUCGAGCAGUCCCAACUCCAGCGAGGUGAGGGAAAGGGAAGGGAUCCCGGAGCUGGAGGAGGAGACGGAACUCGAGUCGAUGAGGGAGUCGGCCAAGGCAAGGAAGGCGGUGGAGAGCACUGCGUCCAACCGGAUUGACAAUGUGGAUGUCGGUGCCAAGGUGAAGGUGUCGAUGGAGCACAAGGAGUGCGAGAUUGAGAGCUUGGAUAGUUCUUCGGUUCUAGGGUCCGGGGAGGAGAGCGUGUGUAGCUGUGACUGUGACAAUGCCAAUGCUGGGGAAGACAGGGCUGUCCCGGUAGGUGAUGAUCCAGGGAAGGUGAAGAGGGUAAGCUCAGAGGAGCACUCCUCCAUAGUAGUCAGUGAGAAUGUGCAUCCGCCGAGCUUUGGGACAAGGGAUGUUGCAGAGGUUGUGGAUGAGAUCAAGGAGCAGUUCAACUCGUUGGUCGCCUGCGGAGAGGAUGUGGCUAGGAUCCUUGAGGUGGGGAGUAUUCGCUAUAGAUCGCGGAAUAGAAUCUUAAAAUUGAUAUUUUCGCGGAUGAUGGGGACCUUUGCCAUGCUAUUUUCUUCCAUAUCUGAGCCGCCUGUGAAGAACAUGGAACAAUCAGCAAUAAGCACAUCCAAAAGAAUCGAUAGUGCUAGUGAUGUUGAGAUUAAUACCCUUUCUUCAAUAAUGGAUAGGUUGCAUGUGUGGGAGAGAAGACUUCAUAAGGAAAUUACGGAGGAAGAAAGGUUGAGGAUUACAUAUGAUAAAGAAUGGAAGCGCCUAAAAGAGUUGGAUGAGGCUGGUGCAGAGCCAUAUAAAAUUGAUUCUACACGGGCUUCAAUCAGAACACUGCUCACCAGAAUCAAUGUUGCCAUUAGAUCAGCUAAAGUCAUUUCUAGGAGGAUCCACAUCCUAAGAGAUGGCGAGCUACAUCCACACCUCGUUAAGCUUAUUCAAGGUCAUGUUCGAAUGUGGAAAUUCAUUCUCGAGUGCCACAGGAAACAAUUUCGUGCCAUACUGGAAACUAAAUCUCAUAUUCUCAUCCCUAAGAAUGGACCUGAAAGGAACUCCUCCAAGGUUACACUGGAACUAGAAAUGGAACUUUUGAACUGGUGUUCCUGUUUCAGAAAUUGGAUCAUAUCUCAAAAGGCAUAUAUUGAAACCCUCAAUGGCUGGUUAGUCAAAUGGCUUCCUCAGGAAAAGGAGGAAACAUCGGAUGGCAUCGCACCAUUCUCUCCUGGUAGACUUGGAGCUCCUGGUGUGUUCAUCACAGCCAAUGAUUGGUGUCAAACGAUGAAAAGGAUACCAGAAGGUGCUGUUGUAGAUGCAAUGGAAGCUUUUGCUGUUAAUGUGCACAUAUUAUGGGAGCGACAAGACGAAGAGCAGCAGCAGAAGAUGAAAGCUGACUAUUUAUCUAGAGAUUUUUCAAAGAGGAUCAAAUCUCUCCAUAAGGAUCACGGCUUGCCUGGACAUCCUGAAGCUGGUAAGUCAGUGUUACCCAACGCUGACAAUGGCAGAGCAGUUGACAACCGCAUGGUUUCUUUGGAUGCAUUGCAUACAAGGUUGGAUGAACAAAGAGCUAGGCAUGAGGAAACCGUGAAACAAAUCCAAGAGUCAAGCGCAACUGAUCUGAAAGCAGGUCUGGCUCCAAUAUUUGAAGCAUUGGAAUCUUUUACUCAAGAGACACUGAAUGGUUAUGAAAAUGUAAGAAUUCCAAUAGACAGUAGUAGAGUUUGAUACAAGGUCUUCUCGUUUUGCUUCUGAAUUCUGAUGGGCUGUACAUUGAGAAGGACAUGAUCUUGGAAGUCACUGGCAAUAAUCAGAAAAAAAAAAGUCUUCGCUAUGCCAACCACAAUACCGUUGUACUUCCAGGUCACAUUCUCUUCGCUUCAUCUGCAAGAAAGGAAGGUGCAUGGUUUCUUGCAUGAUUGUGGCAUGAGCAUUAUCUACAAAUUGAUUUCAGAUUAUUCUGAAGCAGUACUCAAGUAUAGCUUCCUCAUGAGCUAUUGCUGCUUAUACCCAGGAGCCUAGGAGCACCUCAAAGGAGGGCAGGCAAUUUUGUAGCCAUCUUCAGCUUAUGUACAUAUUAGUUCAGCUAGUGAUUUUGCAGAAUAGCUUCUUAUUUAUGUAGAAUUUAACCUGUACAUUGUAACAGUUGUAUUUAUGCACUGUUGUCCAUUGGAAAAAAAAAGUGUACUGCAUGCAGAUGUUCUCGCCUUCUGUGGCGUUGUCUGCUGAAGUACAACUUAAGUGCUA